GUUGCUUGGUCUGGCGAUACCACAAUCAUGGAACUUCCCUUGGAAGAAGGCGUGAAGUUCAAUGCCAAAAACAAGAGUAUGGAGACACCGCUACAAUGGGCAGUUAAGGGUCACCAAGUAACAACAUUGAAGCUGUUAGUUGACUGUGGCGCAGACAUAAACUCUCAAGGUCAGUUAUGGAGGAUGCCAUUACACGAGGAAUCUAGGCAUGGCCAGAGAGUGACAAUGAAGCUACUGCUUGCGAGCGGCGCAAAGAUGAAUUCUGAAGAUAAAAGUGAUGUGGAGCCAUUAGUUAUGGCGAGGCGAGCAGGUGGUAGAGAGUCAGUGAAUCUAGGUACUCAUUGAGAAUGAUGCACGAAAGAGAAAAU